GACAUUUAGCUAUUACUGCUGUACAGAAUCGUUUUAGAAAGGUAAAAUCUGUUUCGCAAUUGCAUAGAUGGGAAGAAAACGUAAUGCGCGGCGAGUCAAACAGGGACAAAUUUAUAUUUAUUGCCGAAUAUGUACUAUCGCAAUUCCAAGAAGCUAUUGAUAGAGGAUCUAUCAUUCACGACAUAGAUUUGCGAAAAUGGGCAUUACAAGCAAAGGAGCAAAUAGACUUUUCUUCAUUUAGAGCAGGAAAUUGGUGGAUAUGGAAUUUUAAAAAAGCACAUCGCAUUGUAUCACGUAAAAUAACAAGUUUUAAAACGCGAUCUUCUCAUGCAGCUGAUGUAACAAUACGUCAAAGCGCAGAGGAAUUUGUGAGACAGGUUAAACCACAUAUUGAUGUUAUCGGUGCAGGAUCAAUUUAUAAUGCAGAUGAAAGCGGCUUUAAUUUCGAAAUACAUUCUGGAAGAACAUUAACUAAUGUGGGAGCAAAACAAGUCGAAUCUACUAUCCAAUCUUUAUCUUCUAUGACUCAUAGCUAUACCAUUAUGCCCAUUAUAUCUGCAGAUGGACAUCUUCUUUCACUUCUGUAUAUAGUACUAAAAGAAUCUAGUNGAAAAUUUGGACCACGAGUAGAAGAAACUCUUUUUAGACCUAUUAAUGUUUACAUUGCGGCUUCAAAAUCCGGAAAACUCACAAGCCAACAUUUCAAAAACUGGUUUGAAGAAGUAUAUUUACGAAAUACUGGAGAAAAAAGUCUACUACUGCUUGAUUCAUGGACAGGACAUUGUCCGGAACAAUUAAAAGAAUUUAUACCAGCAGAUAAACAAAGAAGAAAAAUAUAUACCAAGAUGCAGUAUUUGUGGUAAAAUGGCUCUUAUACGUUGUGCAUGGUGCAAAGAAUAUUUUUGUUUUGAACAUUUCUUUGAACAAUAUCAUUAUUGUAACAAUUACAUAGAAUAAAUAAUAAUUUGAUAAUUAAUUUAA